AUGAUGGAAAGUGAAAUAUACAACGCAUGUCGACAUAAUGACAUUAAUUUCGUCCGAGCAUUAAUUGAAACAUGUCCAAAUGGUGCAAACAUCAAUAUACUGGAGCCAAAUGGAAGCACUGCUUUACAUUUGGUUUGUAGUAAUGGGUAUACAAAUAUUGCUCGACUUCUUCUGAAUGACCAUCGAGUUGAUAGACAUCAAACGGAUAGAAAUGGUCGAACUGCUUAUCAAGUUGCAUCCACAGAAGAUAUUCGUCAGUUUUUUUCUCGACAUGGGCAAUCUGAUAAUCCAUUUUGUACUGACGAAACUGCGCUGAAUCCAAUGGAAAUUUUUAUUAAUGAAAAUUCGUCCGAUUCACAUUACACUACUUACUAUCCUUCUGAAGCACCGAUAAACUCAGAAUGUCUUCAUAGAGUUUACACUGAAGAUUACAAUACAAUUACUCUUCCAGCAUUUAACGCAUUAAGGCGCUUUUUUGGAAAUGAUCCCGAGAAAAAGAAAGUUGACAAAUGGGUCGAAGAUCUACAAGUCCACCUGACACAAUGCUUCACCGCAGAGGAUUGUCAACUCAGAUCUGCAGAUCAUUCAAGCGCAUAUAAAUGUAUCGAAGGUUAUCAGAAAACAAGAAAUGUUGAAAAUCUGCUGAGACUUUAUACCUUGCAUACAACGAUAUGUGCAUACUUUUCACAGGAUUCAACCAAAACAAAUGAUCUUUGUGCACCGAUUUUAUUUCAUUUAUCAAGUAUCGGAGAACGCGCUUACGAAGGACUUUCUUUUCGUGGUUUAACCAUGAAAGAAAACGAGUUUAAGAAAUACAAACGUGCAUUAUAUACCGAGCGAUCGUUUAUACGAACAAAUACUUUUUGCUCAACAUCAGUCGAUCCAUCAGUUGCAGAGAUGUUCAUUGAUCCAAGAAAGACAUCGGGAAUAAUUAACGUUAUUAUAAAAUUCGAGUUCGUGAAGAAAUGUUCAACAGCUAUCGCUCUCUUUUCCUCUUCAUCAAAAAUCAAAUGUGUCUCACAAUAUGAAGAUGAAAAAGAAGUACUUAUCCUUCCUGGAACGAUCUUUUCGGUGAUCAAUAUUCAAGAAGAUGAUCAAGUUCAAUACACAACGAUCCAUCUGAAAAAAUUCGAUGCAACUGAAAUAGAACAUGAAAUAAGUCAAGCAAGAUUUGAGAAUUAUAUCGAAAACAUGUUCACUGAUUAA